AUGAACGAUGUAGACAUAGAGGACUACCACAGGAAUAUCCUCCAGGAGCUGAACGCAGUGGAAGAGGAGGGAGAAAUAUCUUUGUCCACAUUUCUAAACGACUUAAUUGAUAUUGACAUUGAAUCAAAUUUUAACUUCAGCUACCAAGUGGUGAGUCGUGUCAUGCAAAUAUGUGUGAAUUCGCUAAACAGUAAUUUGAUGACCUUGGCAGAUGCGUGCAUGCACUUUAUGCGUUACAGCAUCAGUAGGUGUUUAAAACUGGAGGAAGAAAUUAAUCAGUCCUUCUUCGAAAAUAUUAAUACGAUAAUAAAAAUAUGUCUUAACAUGAGAUACUUUAGUGACAAUAGAUCAUUGUUGUUUCAACGAGCAUUUCUCUCUCUCAUUAUUGAGUUGGAUAAAUGUUUGCCUCAAUUCAUGAUGUUGUGGAAGGGGUACAAAGCGGACAUGUGUACCUUCCUCACUUCCCUCCUAAAUCUCAUUUCCUUUCACUUAACUCUUCUAAAUGAUCUUUUAAAAGAAUUAAAAAAAGAUGAAAAAUUAAAUUGUAACAGGUAUAUGCAGGUAGGAUGCUCCAGGAUCAAGAUCAUCGAAAUUGCCUUUAAUUUACUGUUGAACAUGUUUAAAGAGAUAAGACAAAUACCUUUCAUUUCUUCUCUCAUGGAUUAUGUCAACUUAAUUGUUAACACAUAUGAUCACAUACCAGACGUAGAAAUAAAAAAGAAAAUUUUGUCAUUGUGUAGAUGUUUGUAUAGUAGCAACAGCGAUGGAAGUAGAACUCAUUUCGCAGCCCUUCCAGAAAUGACCAAUUUGCUAAGCAGGAAGAGGAACAAUUAUUUGGCCUUAACCAAGGAGAAAGAUAUAAAUAUGAGUUACCUGCGUCACUGCUCCUACAUCUACAUGUCUGAAAGUCACUUGUUCAUCAGCACAUUUAGCGCCACUGGGGGGGAGACGACAAACGGGCCAAACGGGGCAACUGCCUGCAGCAACCAUGGGGAUGCCCCCACUCAUGAGACUGAUGGUGUCUCCCCCAGUAGUCCGCAAGACAAGGUCCUUUUGACUCCCAACGGGUUCAGGGGAUGUUUGCUGCUGAACUUCUUCUACGCCUAUUUCUACAACACGCAAAAUAAGUUGCUCAUCGUUUUGUGCUACGACCAAGUGAAGGUGCGACAGGACCCCGGGGGGAAGAUGCUCGUUUUUCGUUGCUCGCGGAUGGACGCACUGGGUGCACUGUCAAGCAAGCUCCGGACACAGUACGAAGGCCGCCUCCUGGACCACAUAGACAUUUGCGUCAAGUUCCGUUCAGAGUCGAUUAAGAAUAAAAUGUUUGACGUCAUUACGGAGGUGAUUUCGAUUGACAGUAACGAACCUGAUAAUGUGGAGGACGUGAAGGGAGAGGAGGUGAACGGGGAGGAGGCGAAGGACGAGUCAGAUGAGGGCUGUCUUCGGGAAGGGCCUCCGCACUACAAAGAACUGAUAGGGGACAACAACGGUGCGAAUAGUGUUGACGACGACGAAUCAGAUACUCGCACCAACUGUGUUAGUGGAGACGAAAUAAUAGAAGAAGAAAUAUUGAGACGCAGGAAAGUCAGCUUUGCCUCCAUGAAGGAAAUAUGCCUAAUGGACUAUCGUACGUCGAUGGGAACGAAAACGUUACUCCUAGAUGAAUCCCUAAAUGAGAUGGACACACACGAGAAUGAGGGGGUCUCCGAUUUGACAGAUGAAGAGGACAAGAGGAUACGGACUGCUCUGGAGCAAGGAACUGAUUGCCCAAGCAUAAGUAAGGCCAGCUCAUUAGGAGAGAUGCGUGAUGAGGUAAGCGAAGCAGGUGAUAGUGUUCACCCUGAGGGAGGAGAUGGUGGCGAAUCAGUUGGAGGAAUGCACACCAAGGUGAGUUACGCAACGACGAAGGAUUUGGAGAACGCGGAGGGCGUAGAAAGCGAGGCUGCUAUUCUUGAGGAUGAUGAUUUGUUUAGGGAAAACGAACUCUGUAGUGUCAUGUCAGAGAGUAGGAAUGAUUUCGCUGGAGCGGGCGAAUUGUCCAGUGACCAACGGCAAUACCAAUUGAAAAACACCAAAAGGGUGGAAGAGGAAAGCGCAUGUGAGGACCCACAGGACGAGUUCUUCAUUCUCUCAAAUAUGAACAAACUGUGUGAACAAGUCUACAUUGGAAAAAGAAGCCAAGGGGGGGAGAAUGGUCAUGAUGAUGAUGAGGAGGUGGAGGAGGUACAUGUGGGGAGCCAGGCAGGAGAAGCAAAUGAGCAAACUUGUACAAGCACACGCCGCACAUGUUGCGCAGAUGAUGGGAUGAAGCUACUAUUCAGUGAGCCUGACAUACAAUUGGAAGAAGGUAAGGAAGAUUCAAGAGGAAAAAAUAAAUCGGAUGGCAUAUAUAUCCCGCAGAAGAGCUACAACCAUGGCAGGAACAUCCCCCAAGGAAACGAAAAACAAAAGGGAGAAGAAAAUUUCCCUCCUUACACUAUAAAAGAAUUUGUAAUUAAAAAUGCGAUUGAGGAACAUAUUGGAGGGGGAAGAGGCAGUGAAUGUGAUGCUGUGGAAAGCUUGGUGACAGCUGAUCUGUGGAGAGCAAGCAAUAAUGGAGGUGGCCAGAACAUUUUCAAUUCGCCACCCGAAGUUGUUAAAGAGUUACUCAACUAUGAGGCGAAACGGAGAGACGUUGAUGAGUACAUACAAAGUUUGACAAAGCCACAAGUGGAAGGCACAUCUGAGGGGACGCAGCGGGGGGACCUGCGAAGAAGCCACACCGAGGGAGGGACGGGCGAAUAUUCCGAAGUGGUGAAUAUUGAGGGAGAGGAUGAAGCGAGUAACGAAAUGAUCGUAUGUGACUACCCAGUGGGGGGAGAAAUGGAUGGCGGGGGAAACAGCGUUAGCAUUGGAAGGGACAGCAUUGGCAGGGACAACAUGGGUACAGACAACUGCGGCAGAGACAACAGUGGCAGGAAUGAGUCCUGUACGAAGAGGAGUAACCUCUGCGCGAAAGGAACGCACCACAUCGACAAGCCCAGCUCAAGUUGCAAAAGUAAAAAAAGAAUCGCAACCAAUGAGGCCAACACAGCACACGACACAGCCUGCACCAUGAACGAUUACGCAGCAAAAAAUAACCUCCCGGAUUCUCCCUAUCCUGUGAAGAAAACAAAAUAUAAUUACCAUGACCCCAAACUUUUGAACUUGUUAAAAAAUGAAGACAACCUGGACAAGCUAAGUGCGAAAUAUUUGAUUAAGGCUUAUACAAUAAUUCAGUAUAACCGGAGAAACACACACAUACAAAUAGCUGAUUGCUUCCGGAGCGUGAGGAAGGAAAUUACGACAUCCUUUGAAUGUAUUAACAGCAAGUACGUAGCAUGGUUAAAAGAAUUACAACAGAAGUUUGCCGGAAGACUUGAGAGGAUUGUUUCAAGGCACUCCUACAUGCUCCUGAUUAAUAAGAGACGAACUGGACAAAUUAAUGUAAACUCACUUCCCGCUCCUAUCGACCUCCAAAUUAUUUCCACGAAAAUGAAUACACUGCAGGAGACGCUUAACAUAGUGCAAAGAACUAUGGAGGACAAGAUGAAAAAUUUGCAAAUUCUGACGGCAUACAAGGAGAGUGAUGUGUAUACUUCGUCCCUUUCGCUGAACACCCUCCUGUCCCGCUGUUCCACGCAGCGUCUAAGGGAGAGCGCCGGCGACGAGCAAAGCGGUGGUGCGGAACGAAGCGCCGGGGAGAAGUGA